AUGGGUGGCACCAUGGAAGAGCACUCCGAGCCACUUCUCGAAUCGGCUAGGGACGGCUCCUCAGAUAUCGAGGAAGGCACCAUGCGAGGGUCUAAUGCACCUACCAAGUUCUACGAGAAUAAGUCAUUCUUAUUUGCAUCGGUAUUUUGGUUCGCGGGCUCGCUUUUGGUCUUCGCAUCUGCGCUUUUGUUGCAAAGCAGAUCACGUGGCGGCCACUCAGAGAUAUAUUCACCUGUUCAAGAUCACGUUCGCUACAAAACAGUCGUGUUCGAUGCAUCGCUCGGGAAGAAGACGAUUUACAUGGAAGAUCCUUCGCCUCGGGUGGACAAAGCAUGGGAGGACUUAUAUGACUUCGGCAUAUCCUGGAUUACCCCCUCUGAAGCAUCCCAGCUCCCCAACGCCACAUCUCGACUCGUCGAAAACCCCUCCCACUUCGUCACCGGACUCGACGUCUUCCACCAACUCCACUGCCUGAAUCUCAUCCGCAAGAGACUAAAUCCGGAGUACUACGUCAACGACACCCAUGUCCAUAUCGAGCAUUGUUUGGACCAGUUGAGGCAGGCUUUGAUGUGUAGUGCCGAUACGGCAACGAUCCCUUGGUUGUGGAGUAAGAGCCAGGGAAGGACGAUUGCUGAUGCGCGGACAACGCAUACGUGUAGGGAUUAUGAUGCUAUUAGGGAAUGGGCGAGAGAAAGGAAGGUGGAGGGCGGGUUUGCCAAGGAUACGUAUGUGGAGGGCAGUGCGGUGAGCGACUAG